GCGGUGGCUGUCUCGGAGCGGCUCCCGGGAGCAGCGGAGCGCCGGAGCUGCACCUGAGGACUGCGGAUCGCGCACGGUGUGGGGAGAGGACAGUGGGGAGCUGGGCGGUGAGACUGCCGCGGCGGCUCGUACGAACGGUGCAACUGAGAGUGGAGAGACUGGACAAACUGGGAGACUCGGCAGACGCGCUGAUAUGAUAGUGAUCUGAGCAAAAUCGUCAUUGGGAGUGACUUACAGAGGUUACCAGCUGGUGAUUCUGCUGGCUCCAUACUCUGAAUGUUCCACCUCACCUCGCAGGAUCUGCUAGCAUGCUAGUGUGACGCUCCGAUGAUGGACGGAAGGGGCAGUCAGCGAUCCAACUCGUCACCCGGCGGCAGAGGCGUGCACCGCAACAGGAGCAACGAAUGGCGCCAGCGGCAGUACGACAGCUCCUCGGAUAACGAUGAACUCGGUCCGGAUGGCGCGGGUCCGCCGGCCUCCAUCGUCCUCCAGCCGGCCAAGUCGGGUGACCUGACCUCCCGCGACCUGGCCGGCUACCCGGGCUCGUUCGGCGGCGGUCGGUCAGGCUCCACCUUCUCCAGUGAGCUGGCUGGUCGAGACCGCGCCGACCAACUCCACUAUGCCUCCAAGCCGGUCUCGUCGGGCAUCUACCAGUCGCUGGGCCGACGGGGGAGGCGCGGCCACAAACACGGCUCGCUCAGCUCGUCCGAUAACAACUCGGACACGACCACGUACGCCGAGAGCGAGAUGCGCUGCAAGAUGGAGCAGCUGCAGAGCGGUCUGCACACUCCGCCGGAGCCGGCGCCGCCCGAGGUCCCGUCUCGCGGCCCCUCCUCUCACCAGGCGGUGCGCUCUCUACAGCGACUGCAGGCGGGCUACCCUUCCGACGGCGACGUCAACCUGCCCAGUCCGUCAGAGUACCGGCUUCCCGGCAGUCCGAGGUCCCACAUGGGCCCCUCUCCUCUGCGGGGGUACAAUCCGAGCGAACCGGACACCUACGCCAGCCUAAACGGGGCGCAGACCAGUCUCCACGGCUGA